AUGUCAAAAGCCAAUGCUGAGCACAGCUCAUUCAAGUUGGAAGAAAAUGGGAGCGCUGCCGUUCCGAAACCGCCAUUGUUCCAAAGAUGGAAGGCCCAUAUGAAGAAAUGGUGGUGGCUAUAUCUGAUCGGCCUGGGCUGCGUGGUCCUGGUCACUGUCCUUCCAAUAGUCUACGUCGGGGUUCCGCGCUUUGCCAAUGAUCGCAUCAAUAAGUACGACUUCGACUUCGACGGCUUGUCUAUCACAAAUCCGACGCCAAACUCGUUCCAUAUACGGCAAUCACAACAGUUCCAUGUGGGGAUGGGUAGUGGACACCUCUCUGAGUUCGAUGCCUCCAUGCACUAUGCGGGCACAGAUACUCCCUUUGCUGUUCUCCCCUUUCCCCGCAUCGACUUUGGAAACGAUGCUCAUCUCGAGAUUGACCAGGAUUUGGAAUUGUCUUGUGUCAGCUGUUUCUCAAAGCUGGCUGAGGAUGCAGUCAGAAGCGAUGAAAUUUCAGUCCAAAUUACUGGAAAGCCAACUCUCAAGGUGCAAGCACUGCCCACUGCCCAUUUAGACAUUCACAAAACGGUGACCUUGCCAGAAUUUAUGAAACGUGACGACGCCUUUAACGUCACUAAGCUUGAUCUUAUCGAUCCUCCUACUAAGGGCGGGUACAAUGUAAACGCCACACUCGUCUUGAAUACGCCAACCGUAAUUAGUGUUGAAAUGGGUGCUGUGAGCUUCAAUCUUACCAUAGAUGACUCGGAACUGGGAUAUAUUGACAUCCCGGAUAUGACUCUUCGGAACGGCACGUCAACUCUAGUUGCCCUUGGCAACUUGGAUAUAAAGCUCCUCAUACGAAAGGGAUUAUGGGAGAGUAGUAAUUCCAACUACGGAAAGGUCACGAUCGGUAUUCACGGCAAUCGAAGCGUGUACAAUGGGGAAGAAAUUCCCUAUUUUACAGCAGCCGUCAAGGCAAUUUCGGCAUCGACGACAAUUGACUUGUUCGACUAUGUCUCAGACUUCCUAGGCGGAUUGUAA